CGUGAAUUACAGGUGCAUUAAGAAAAAGAGAAUACUAUUAUUUCAACGUUCUACAACUACUUCAUUUUCUUUAAGACAGUUUGAUAAAGUAAACAGGUAAAUGGACAGUGCUGAAAGCAAAAUAAUGAAGAUUAAAGUUGUAUUUCACGAUCUCGAGCAAGAACGGGAACAACAUUCAGUGGAUGAUGGAGAAGAAGACGAAUACAUGGAUAACAUUGAGCCGUUACGUCAAACUACUCAGAGAAAAUCAAAUGAAUCCUUGCCGACUUUACUACAACGAGCUCAAUCAAGUGAUUCACCAUUUGCUAUUGGUAAUAAAGAGAAAACGAGCUUGAAUAAAUUAACAUCAUCUCGUUCAUUGAGUCGUGGAAAUGUUAGGAGACCUAGUGAAAUUUCAAUUAAUGAUUUUCUGUCUAUGCCACCAGUGCUUGAAAGUAUAGAUGCUCAGCGUAGAUCGACAUUGUAUUCAGAUGAAAAACACAAUCCUUUAGGCAGACGUGGAAGUACGUCAUCUGAAGAAAAUAUAGAGAAAAGUAAACCAGAAGAAUCCAAUGAUGAUGAGUGUGGUGCUGUCGACAAUGAAUGUGAACAUGGAUCACACUGAAACCGAAGGGGAAGGAGGAAAAGAAAUACUAGGAAUUGGAGUAUACAAUAUCUGUGAGAGUAACUUUAUACAAAUGGAGCAUUUUUAUUAUAUAUGCUAACGAUUUUUUUCUGUUGGUCAAACUAGUUUUCUUGUUUUUGAUUGAUUUCUGUUAUUAUAAUUUGUAAUUUUUUUAAAGGGUAUUUAUUUGGUUCAAGGUUAGCUUCAAAUAAAUUAUCUUUGGUAUGCACAAA